AUGCCGGGCCUCGCGGCCUCCGACAACUCGCCCCCAACGGCGGCGCCGCCGCCACGGCGUCUCUCAUCGCCGCUCCCCCGCCGCGCGCCGCCGUCGCCGUCUCCCUCCGCCUCGUCGCGCGCCAAGCCGCGGAAGCCCUCGCCGUCCCCCACGGCCUUCCCCGCCGACGCCGACGACUCGCUCGACAACCCGGAUCUGGGCCCGUUCCUCCUCAAGCAGGCGCGCGACGCCAUGGUGUCGGGGGAGGGCGGCGGGGCCGCGCGCGCGCUCGAGUUCGCCGAGCGCGCCGCCAGGGCGCUCGAGCGGCGCGGCGAGGGCGCCGAGCUCGAGCUCGCCAUGAGCCUCCACGUCGCCGCCGCCAUCCACUGUGGACUCGGUCGCCACGCCGACGCCAUCCCCGUCCUCGAGCGCGCCGUCGCCGUCGUCACGCCGCCUGCCCCUGCUGCCAAGGGGGAGGGGGAGGGGGAGGGCGAGGAUGGGGCCGCUGCGGCCGGCGGCGACGAGCAGCAGCAGCAGCGUGCGGAGCCCGACCAGAGGGGCGAGGAGUGGUCCCUCGCCGCCUUCUCCGGCUGGAUGCAGCUCGGCGACACGCACGCCAUGCUUGGCCGCAUGGACGAGUCCAUCGCCUGCUAUGGCAAGGGCCUCGAGAUCCAGAUGGCUGCGCUCGGCGAGCGCGACCCCCGCGUCGCCGAGACCUGCAGGUACCUGGCGGAAGCGCAUGUGCAAGCUCUGCAGUUCGACGAGGCAGAGAAGCUAUGCCGCAAAGCCCUCGAGAUCCACCGGGAGCACAGCGCUCCGGCAUCCCUCGAGGAGGCCUCGGACCGCCGCCUGAUGGCCCUCAUCCUGGACGCCAAGGGCGACUACGAUGGUGCCCUCGAGCACCUCGUGCUUGCCUCCAUGACCAUGGUUGCCAACGGCCGUGACGUCGAGGUUGCCACCAUCGACAUCGCUAUAGGCAACACCUACCUCGCCCUCGCCCGCUUCGACGAGGCCGUCUUCUCCUACCAGAAGGCGCUGACUGUUCUCAAAUCGGCUCGUGGCGACGACCAUCCCACGGUUGCGCCGGUCUCACGCCCCGCCUUGCUGACCUUUACCACCGAACAGGCAGGCUGCGCGAGUCUAAAUCGUACUGCGAGAACGCCCUGCGUGUCUAUGCCAAGCCGCGCCUGCAACCUUGCUGCAAUCUAUGAUGCCAUGGGAAGAGUGGAGGAUGCAAUUGAGAUCCUGGAGCACGUGCUGAAGGUGAGGGAAGAGAAGCUUGGCACGGCGAACCCGGAUGUGGAGGACGAGAAGAAGCGGCUGGCAGAGCUCCUGAAAGAGGCGGGGCGGUCGCGGAACCGGAAGCAGAAGUCGCUGGAGAACCUGUUCGUGACCAACUCGCAGCGGGCGAAGAAGGAGGCCGGGAGGAGGUGGUCAAACUUUGGGUUCAGGAGUUGA